AUGGCACGCAACUGCGUCUUCUACUUGGGCGCGCGCGCGCAGGCCUUGCCGGGCCUGCAGGCGGACGAGCUGGUGCAGUGGGAGGAGGCGCAGCGCUACCCGCUCGCGGCCGAGGCGGUGGGGGUGCACGUGAUGGCGCGCGAGACGCAGCUGCGAGAGAUCCCAUCCGUAGCCAUCCGCAGUUGUGUCGCCUGCGGCAGCUGGGGCGAGGCGGUGCCGCGGCUGUACUACCACGCGGACCGCGAGGUGAGCGAGGCGCAGGCGGACGAGCUGGUGCAGUGGGAGGAGGCGCAGCGCUACCCGCUCGCGGCCGAGGCGGUGGGGGUGCACGUGAUGGCGCGCGAGACGCAGCUGCGAGAGAUCGUGGCGUCCUGGGGCGAGGCGGUGCCGCGGCUGUACUACCACGCGGACCGCGAGGUCGCGGGCAUGACGUGGAACACGUGGCUGCGCUUCAAGAUGAAGGCCAUCUUCGAGUUCUCCGUGCGCGCGCACUGGGCGGAGCUGCAGGAGACCGAGUGGUACGACUCGCGCGCGGCGCACUACUUUGGGCGGCCGCUGCACGAGGCGGGCUACCCGCUCUUUGUGGGCGGCGGCGCAGGCAUCGUCCUCUCGCGCGCAGCGGCGCGCGGCAUCGUCCUCUCGCGCGCAGCGGCGCGCCAGAUCAUCGCGCUCAAGGAUGCGGAGGUCUGCGACCCGCUCUCGCUGAAGUGGGCGGAGAGAGUGCACUCUGGCGGCGAUGCGUGGCUGGGCGACUGCGCCGAGAGCGCCGGCGUGCACACCGACAUGGAGUUCGGAUUCUACCCGCAGCCUCCCGUCUCGAACCUCUUCCACCUCUUCGCCGACGCCGUCGCCUUCCACGGAGUGGAGAACCACGCGGCGAUGCACUCGGCGCUGCGCGCCAACGGCACCGCCGCCGCCUUCGACCCUCGAUGCGUGCCGGUCUUUGCCGACCACAAGUACUCCUGCCUGCCGCACUUCAUCAUCGGCGGCGUGCCCAAGGCGGGCACCACCUCGCUGUACAAGUACCUGCUCGAGCACCCGGACGCCGCCGACCGCACGGUCGUGCGCUACCUCAACAAGCGCAUCGACAACAAGAUGGAGAAGGAGCUCUCGGACGCCGCGCCGCCCUUCUCUGCGCUCGUCGCCGACGUGGCAAAGACGAUGGCCUCCUGCGGCUCGCCCAACCGGACCUUUUCGAUGAUGGACGAGUACUCGGACGAGAUGGAGGAGGCGGGCUGCUACGUCAACCCCUUCGUCGGCGAGGGGCGGUACGUGCGCUACCUCAAGCUCUGGCUGGGGAUGGUGCCGCGCAGGCAGCUGCUCCUCCUCAACUUCGACGCGUGGACUGCCUCCGCCGAGGCGGCGCAGGAGGCGAUGGGGCGCGUCGCCGCCUUCCUGCAGCUGGCGCCCUUCUCGUUUCGCGCGCACAACACGCACGCCAACCGGUCCGUCCACGUCGACCGCGACGCCGCCUCCGACGCGGACGCGAUCAAGGGGCAGUCGGUCGAGGCGCAGCUGCCGCGCCGCGACCGCUGCGUCCUCCGCGACUUCUUCGCGCCCUACAACGCGGCGCUCGCCGGCCUGCUCGCGCAGCACGGGUACGAGCCGAUGACCGAGGCGUGGGGCGCGAGCGCCGCCGCCGACUGCCCCGCCAAGAGCGGCUGGCGCUUCGCCGAGGAGCUUCCGGCGGCGCCGCACGCGACCGGCGCUGCGGCCGGUGGGGAGGAGGAGCGGAGGAGGUGCGGGACGGUCGACCACCCGUGCCUCGCCGGCUCAGACACGCAGGCCACGUAGGAGACCAUAGUACACGGCACCUCGCGGGGCGUCCGCUUCCUUUCUGCCCCUACGGCUCUAUUAAAACAAGGGGCCUCGCGCACAUGUGUACGUAU